UAGGAGUUAGCAGAAAGCGGUCACGGCGCUUUUGCUUUGCUUCUUUCCUGUCUAGCGCGGACGAAGUCAGUGCUUGGCUGUCGAGUAAAUAAGUAAGUGUGGUUCUGCUGGUGCGACUGCCCGAAAAGCCAUUCGAGAAACUUCGACCAAGAGUAGACUUCGCCCUCGGAGUGAGCAGCUCGUAAUUGAACGUUAUCCUAACGUUGCGAAAGAAACUCAAGAUCCGAAACAUCGACCAUGGCCGCGAUGUCCGUCAUCGGAAUGGACUUCGGGAAUGAGAGCUGCUACAUUGCCGUCGCUCGCGCGGGUGGUAUAGAAACCAUCGCCAACGAUUACAGCCUCCGAAACACACCAUCAUUUGUAGCGUUUUGUGAGAAAAAUAGAAUCCUUGGAGUAGCGGCAAAGAAUCAGAUGGUAACCAAUAUGAAAAAUACCGUUUACGGAUUCAAACGGUUGCUGGGAAGGAAAUACAACGAUCCACAAGCUCAGCAAGAACUCAAAUCUCUGCCCUAUAAAACUUCACAGCAGGCUGAUGGAAGCAUAGGAAUACAUGUUCAUUACCUGGGGAGGGAGCAAGUUUUUUCACCUGAGCAGAUUACCGCCAUGCUAUUUACCAAAUUAAAGGAAAUAUCCGAAACUGCCCUCCAAACUGCUGUAAAUGACUGUGUCAUUUCUGUUCCUUCAUACUUCACUCAGUCAGAGCGGCAAGCACUUCUGGAUGCUGCUCGUAUAGCAGGGUUAAACGUUCUACGGUUACUUAAUGAGACAACAGCUACUGCGCUAUGUUAUGGAAUUUAUAAACAGGAUUUACCUGCACCUGAAGCAGCGCCACGUCAUGUAGUUUUCGUUGAUUGUGGUUAUGCUGCUUUACAAGUUAGCGUAUGUGCAUUUCACAAGGGAAAACUGAAGAUGAUAUCCAGUGCCUCCGACUGUCAUUUAGGAGGAAGGGAUAUAGAUGAGAUUCUAGCGCAGUAUUUCUGCCUUGACUUCCAGUCACGUUAUAAAAUUGACGUGCAUAGCAAUCCUCGUGCGUACCAGAGAUUGCUUGCCGAAGUUGAAAAACUAAAAAAACAAAUGUCCGCUAAUUCAACGACUCUACCUCUAAACAUUGAGUGCUUCAUGGAUGAAAAGGAUGUUCAUGGAACUAUGAAGCGUGCUGACAUGGAGGUUAGGUGCGCGUCUAUUUUUGAACGCGUAGAAAAAACUAUUAGACAAUGCCUUGCAGACUCCAAAUUGAAGCCUGAAGAUAUCCAUUCAGUCGAAAUAGCAGGAGGUUCCAGUCGAGUGCCAGCUAUAAAACGUGUCGUUGAGGAAGUUGUAGGUCGACCAAUAUCCACGACACUAAAUCAGGAUGAAUCGGUGGCUCGAGGCUGUGCUUUGCAGUGUGCUAUGCUUAGUCCUGCUGUACGUGUGCGAGAGUUCUCAGUCACUGACAUUCAACCGUAUCCUGUAAAACUCACUUGGAAUCCAAUUCAAGGCGAGGACGGAGAAAUGGAGAUCUUUGGGCACAAUCACCCAGUGCCGUUUUCAAAAAUGCUUACCUUCUAUCGUUCCGAACCAUUUACUUUGGCAGCCAGUUACAUUACGCCACCGUCACACUGUCCUACAUCACAUAUCGGCACGUUUGUUAUAAAGAAUGUAAAGUCAACGCCAGAGGGCGAGGCAUCUAAAGUGAAGGUAAAAGUUCGGGUUAAUCUCAACGGAAUUCUGACGGUGGCCUCCGCAUCGCUGGUCGAAAAACGGGAACCUAUUCAGCAGGAGAAAGAGGAGGAAGAGAAGGCUCAGCAGCAACAGAAAGAAAAUAAUAUGGAUAUCGAGCAUCAGCAGGAAGUGGACAAACCGGAUCAAGAGGCCCAAGCUAAUGAACCACCAGCUCCUGAGGUGAGCAUGGAUAAGAGGCGGCGGAACUCAGAUGCUGACAAUGGCGGCAGUGGCUCGAGGGGAUCUGCCCCCUCCUGUUCCUUCAGGAUUCUCUCUUGGUUCAACUCGGGAGAUGAAAAAGGCGACGAUGGGAAAGGCAAAAAGAAGGUAUCCAUCCACAUGGUGGAUCUUCCUGUGGAAGCCCAAGUUUAUGGCCUCUCUCACAGAGACUUAGAAAAUGCGAUGGAAAGGGAGUGCAAAAUGAUAGAAGAAGAUAGGCAAGAGAAGGAAAGAGUAGAUGCCCGAAAUGCUCUAGAGGAAUAUGUGUAUGAUCUGAGAGCAAAACUGUCGGCGAAGGAUCAGUUGGCUACAUUUGUCACGGAAGCAGACAGAGAAAAUCUGUUUCGUAUUCUAGAUGAAACUGAAACCUGGUUGUACGAGGAAGGUGAGGAAUGCCAGCGCAAUGUGUACACAGAACGGUUAUCACAUUUGAAGGCGCAAGGAGAACCAAUAAAAGAGAGGAAGAUAGAAUUUGAAGGCAGAAAUCAAGCAUUGGAAGAGUUAGCCAGCUCAUUGCAACUCGCUAAGAAAGGAUUGGACCAAGUUAAAGCAUCGAGGGGAAAAGAUGACAAGUAUUCUCACUUGACGGAUGAAGAAUUGAAGACAGUUGAAAAAGCGAUACAAGAGAAGUGGACGUGGCUUGAAGAGAAACGAAUACUCUUUGCUAGAGUUUCUCGUACCGAACAACCUCCUGAAACUGUAGCUCAAAUUCGAUCGGAAAAGAACUCACUAAACAAUAUUGUUCUACCGAUACUGAACAAGCCGAAGCCUAAACCUGAACCCCCAAAGGAAGAUAAACCUAAAGAUAAAGCUAACGAGGAUCAAAAGUGCAACCAAAACAAUCAGGGCGAUGGACACAACCUAAAUAGCCAGCAACACCAGGCGAAUGAUGAAAAGAUGGACGUUGAGUAAUGAUCAACCGUUGUGUGAGCAAUGCUGUUUUCAUAAUAAUUAAUCUGCCGAGAUUAAAAUGGUGAAUAUUUAAAUACACAUCAUCUUCAUUGUGUCACAGAAGCGCCUGUUGUCAUAGUAGAGAGCCCACUGCUGGAUUUUUCUUUUCUCAAUCGUUGUUUUUGUUUAAACAAACAAAUUAAUGUACCGUCGAGUUGUCAUUAUGGAGUUUUCAUGCGAUAUAAAACGUAAAGUCGUAUGUACAGUGUUGUACGCUUGCAAGAAGCACCUUGCGGCAGGUUGUAAUCGAGGUGCAAGCAUUAACGACAUUGUGCACAACUGUGUCUUAAACUCACUGGCUUGUGUCCUUUUCUCUCAUGAAAUUUUAUAAACUAUAAAAUUUUCAAGAAUGCCCAAUGUCGCCACAUAAGGGGUGGUUGUUCUCUUAUGUACCUAUUGCACGGUGUAAUGAUGGAAAAAGAAACAAAUGUCAUAAUUAGAGAACUACGCAGAGUCCCUGUAAAGUGCCCAAGGGAAAUUGAUGUGGGGUGCUUUGCUAAUAGGGGAGAUUCUAUGCGUUGCAACAUUGUAACGUACAAAGCGACAGCUAGACCUAAACUAGACCUAGUAACUAAAUUAAAAGUAUAAAGUAGGUGAUAUCGCUGGCGAUUUUAUGUAUUUAACAGUACAUUGAGUAUUCAUUCCAUCGAUUGUUGGCUGAUAGCCAAACAGCCUGUCGCAUCAACAUGUGUUGCAUUUAUGAUACUUGAAUAAAUUAAUAUUUCACUAAUACGUUUUGUCGCAAGUAUGCUCCGAUGUGUUGCACCUUGUUACAAGUACUUAGGUAAAAGCGAAAAUCACUAUAAGCAAUCAAUAUCCUUUUUUUUUUCUUUCGUAAAGUACCUACAUGUUGAUUAGGUACUCCAAAUGGUAUUCUUAAAAAAAUGUUCAUUAAACAUUGUUCGACUCUGCAAUGUACGUUGAUCAGAAUUCGAGCACUCUUAGUUAUGUCAAGUGUUUGUGGUAUCAUUCAUUCAGCUUAUAUGUACAAUUUAAAGAAACAUCAUAGUCAAGAAAA